AUGAGUGUCGCAGUGCAGCGGCCUCCAUCGUCGUUAGCAGGAGCCUUUUAUGACGACGAGGACGGCGGCGUGAUCAAGAACGUCGACUGGGGGACUGCCACUCCGAUCAACAGCAUCCAUGAAGUUGAGAUCGUCGACCAUGACUUCGGCACGGCUAUAACGAAACGAGGCACAAAGCGCAAGUCGUUGCAGGCCGCCGCCGAAGAGAUCCCAAAGCAUCAGAGUAUAUUGCAACUGCGAGAGUUACGCCAGCGGUUUGCGGUGGUGGAAAGCCAUCCUGUUCCAGAGAUUAGAAAUCCAGAGGAGCUGGUGGUGAAGAUUCAGGCAAUUGGCUUGAACCCUGUAGACUGGAAAUCAGUAGACUUUGCAGGCGUAGUAGUGAAGGCACCCGAAGAUAACAGUGAUGUCGAGAUAGGUGAUAUCAUCCUCUGUCCCUCGACAGACUACAGAGACCUAAGAAAAGCCGCAUAUCAGCAGUACGCCAUCGCCUCAAGUUUCAAUGUCUGCAAACUGCCGAAACAUAUAUCAACAUCGCAAGGGGCAUCGCUAGGUGUAGCGUACGUCGCUGCCACGCUAGCUCUGGGUGUAUGCCUUGGACUGCAGUUACCCUCGAUUGGAGAUUUGGAAGGACCAGAUAUACUCGAGCUUGUAAGACGGACACCGCUUGGACGCAUACCUCGAGACGUCGUACCCGAAUGCAUCGCCAUCGACGAUAAAGAACGGCCCUCAUCCGGAGACUGGAUAGUAAUCUGGGGCGGCUCCUCAACCAGCGCACUUUUCUUAUCUCAAAUCGCUCGUCUCGCAGGGCUGAAGGUCAUCCUGGUCCUUGAUUGCGCGAAGCAUGGAAACCGGGUGCAGGACACCAGCGGGUGCAUCUGCAUAGACAGCCAUGACUCGGAGCGUGCCUCUCGCGUGAUACGAGGCAUCGCUGGAGAUGACCUGCGAUAUGGCAUCGACACAGCCGGGAAGGACACUGCCGCAAGUCUGGCCAAGACUUUGAAGCAAGAGAAGGGAGGUCGAUCCCACCUUGUUGGGCUGGCGGCCCUGCCGAAGGAGAGGCUCGAUGGCGUGGUCUACCAUAACGUACCCGUGAAGCUCUUCCACGAGGUCCCAGAUAUUGGACGCGCGAUCAUGGCGUGGCUGGAACAAGCCUUGAUUUCGCAGACCUUGGAGCUGCCUCGAGUUGAUGAGGUCGCCGGCGGCUUGGGAGGUAUUAACGCAGCACUGGAUCAGAUGCGGGUAGGGAAAGUUUCUGGCCGCCGUCUGGUGGUGCCGUUGUCAUGA